UGUUCUAUGUUAUAAAAUCAACCGGCAAAAGACUCAAGAUAUUUGUUAUUUAGUUUUAAAUUAAAAUAGCUCUAGUAGCCAUGCUUAUAAGAAGACUUAAGUGCCUUCGGCAUCUGGGAACCCGCCACAACAGUUCGCACUAUGUGACAACUCCAAUAUUUUAUGUAAAUGCAGCUCCCCACAUUGGUCACCUCUACUCGGCGGUUAUAGCCGAUGCCCACUGUCGCUACCAGAGAUUAAGGAAUCCGGAGAAGGAUGUACGCCUCUGCACGGGAACGGAUGAGCACGGCACCAAGAUCCAACAGGCGGCGGCCCUUCACGGGAUUCCCGUGGCCAAGUAUUGCGAUGAUAUAUCAGAGCGAUAUCGGGAGGUGUUCCGUGGUGCCAGUAUACAGCCGGAGGACUUCAUCCGCACCACGGAGGAGCGACACAAGCGGGCAGUGGCCCAUUUCUGGCGCACACUCCACGGACGAGGCCACAUCUAUUUGGCUGCCUACAGCGGCUGGUAUUGCGUGUCCGACGAAACCUUCCUUACCGACUCCCAGCUGAGAUUGGAUGAGUCCACCGGCAGCCGUUACUCCCUGGAAUCUGGGCAUCCCGUCGAGUGGACCGAGGAAACCAACUACAUGUUCCGUCUGUCACAGUUCCAGGACGAUGUGCGCCAUUGGGUAAAACAGGAGGCUCACAUCCGGCCAGCCAAGUUCGAAAAGAUUUUGCUAGACACUCUCAGCGAACCACUGCCGGAUGUAUCGGUAUCGCGUCCUUCCAACCGUGUCCACUGGGCCAUUCCUGUUCCGGAUGAUGAUACACAGACAGUCUACGUCUGGCUGGAUGCUCUGGUCAACUAUCUCAGCUCUGUGGGAUAUCCCAAUGAGGGGUACUCCGCCCACUGGCCACCGGCGCAGCAAGUGAUCGGCAAGGACAUCCUCAAGUUUCACGGCAUCUACUGGCCCGCCUUUCUCCUGGCCGCUGGCCUGGAGCCUCCAGGACAGCUCUUCGUCCACUCGCACUGGACCGUUGACGGGCAGAAGAUGUCGAAGAGCAGGCACAACGUGGUGGAUCCCGUCCAGGCAGCCCGCCAGUACACCAUGGAAGGCCUGAGAUACUUCCUACUGCGGGAGGGCGUGGCCCACAGCGAUGGCAACUACAGCCACGUGAAGGCGCAGCGAAUCCUCAACUCGGAACUGGCGGACACCCUGGGCAAUCUGCUAUCACGUGCCUGCGCCAAGUCGUUGAAUCCCGGCCAAAUCUAUCCAUCAGCCAACGCCGAGCACUUGGCGGAUCUCCUCCGGAGCCUGGAUGCGGCCAAACGCCUGCAGGAUACGCUUCUGCAGCUGUCAGAGCGAUGCGCGUCGCAUUACGAGUGCAAUCACUUCCAUUUGGUGGCCGACACUGCGAUGGCGGCUCUGCAUGCGGCCAACAACUUCUUCGAGAGCUCCAAACCCUGGACGCUGAAGGCGGGCGCACCGGAUGCCAACCCGCCCCGUUUGGAGACCAUAAUCGCCAUGACAAUGGACGCUCUGCGGCUCUGCGGCAUUGUGCUGCAGCCCAUAAUUCCCCAGCUGGCCACGCGGCUGCUCGAUAAGCUGAGCAUACCCACCGCACAACGUGGCUGGAAUCACUUGGCCCACAGUUUUGCCACCAGCGCCGCGAAUCUCGGCGGGAGCCGUCAAUUGGAUGGGCAAACCAGUGCCCUGCUCUUCCAGCGGAUUCUCGAGGAGAAGGCUGUCAAGGAGCAGGAUGAGAAGGAGCAGCCGAAGCCGCAGCCAGCCAAGCGGAGCAAAUUGAAGAAGAAGGAGCGCCGCGAAACAAUGUCCUGAAGUAGUCGUAAUAAACUGAUUCCAAAGCCAAGCCACCGGCGACAUUUAUUCAUUGCGAGGGCCCAAUAGCACUGAGCUGCUAUAAAUCAGCUUUUUAUAUAAUUUAACUUCUGAAAUUUAUAUACCAAACAAAAUAUCUUCAUGUUUGUUCUGCCUAGAUCGGAAAAUAUCUUCUAAGAUGUGUCAAAGAUUCAAAGAAUUCUCUUUUGUAUGCAUUUUGUAAAGGAAUAUAACGAAAGACUAGCCUCUAUAUGUUUAAAAAAAUAUUGUAUUUUGUGUUAAGCAAUUCAGUUUGUUAUAUUUUGGGCAACAGCCUUUGUAAACCAGUGCAGGCAAUCGAAAACGAAGGGCUCCCACUUCGAGUCUCAUUAAAAUCCACUUAAUUAUGUGCAGGAAGGAAAAAGCAGUGCCGUCAGCAGCAUCGCUGUCUCAUAUUCCUUUGUAAUUUAUUACGCGUAAUUGAAGUCAGCAUCAGGUGGCAAGUAUGGGACGUUAUUUAUGGCCUUCAAUUGGCAAAAAGGUUGAGGCCAGGCCGCCAAGCCCAAACUUGAGGCCAGACUUUUAUUUGUUAAUUUAUUUUAAUUUCCACAAGCCAGCCC